AGGAAGUAAUAAAUAUAACGAAAAUGUCCACUACAGAUAUACCCAUGGAAUCAGCUAUCGAAAGUGCGACCGGCCUCACACCUAAAUCAAACAAUGUGCUUAAAAAGUUUUCCCAGAGCGGAGCCGGGGCCGGGGCAUCUCCCGAUGCAUCCAGUGCCCAAGCUGAUGAAAUGACGUCGAGAGACUAUUAUUUUGACUCGUACGCCCACUUUGGUAUUCACGAAGAAAUGCUUAAGGACGAAGUGCGCACCGUCACAUACCGCAACGCUAUGUACCACAAUAAGCAUUUGUUCCAAGGCAAAAUUGUUUUAGAUGUUGGAUGUGGCACCGGCAUACUUUCUAUGUUUGCUGCAAAAGCCGGAGCGGCCCAGGUUAUAGCCGUAGACUGUUCGAAUAUCAUCGAGUUCGCACGACAAGUUGUCAUAGACAAUAAUUUGCAGGACAUUAUAAAGGUCGUUAAGGGAAAAAUCGAAGAGAUCGAGCUGCCAAAUGGUAUCCAAGGCGUUGACAUUAUAAUCUCUGAAUGGAUGGGAUACUGCCUUUUUUAUGAGUCUAUGCUUGACACAGUAUUGUAUGCACGAGACAAGUGGCUGAAACCCAAUGGGAUGAUGUUCCCAGACAGAGGCACCCUUUAUAUUACAGCUAUCGAAGAUCGCCAGUACAAGGACGAGAAGAUAAACUGGUGGGACGAUGUUUACGGCUUUGAUAUGAGUUGUAUACGCAAAGUUGCUGUCACUGAGCCCCUCGUGGAUGUGGUUGACCCUAAGCAAGUGGUCUCCACAGCCUGCUUGGUUAAAGAAGUGGACCUAUAUACGGUGCAGAAGGCAGAUCUGAACUUUUCGUCCAAGUUUAAUCUAACAAUCAAACGAAAUGACUUUGUGCAAGCGUUAGUCACAUAUUUUAAUAUCGAAUUUACCAAGUGCCAUAAGCGUCUAGGCUUUAGCACAUCGCCAGACUCUACGUACACUCAUUGGAAGCAAACUGUGUUUUAUCUAGAUGAUCAUAUGACAGCUAAAAAAAAUGAAGAAAUAACAGGCACGUUCCAAAUGAAACCCAACGAUCGAAACAAUCGGGAUUUGGACUUUGUUAUUGAUAUACAUUUCAAGGGCGAGCUAUCCGAAAUUCAAGAAUCUAACACGUACCGUAUGCGUUAAUUUCCAUCAUAA